UGUCUGUCCUUUACCGAUAAGCCCGGUGAUUUGCUCCAACGGAGGAAGGCUUAGGGCAUAGAACCUCGAGCUCCUUACCACACACACUCUCUCUCUAUAUAUAUUUUUAUAAUUUCGGUUAUUAUUCAAAUUUUGAUGUUUUUCCAGUCAAAAAGCCCUAAUAUUUUUCAGGUAAAUUCGAGGUCAGAUAAGAAGUUAAUGGCGGUUUAUGACUUGCCGGGAACGAAAGUGCGGAGAGAGAAAAAGUAGUAUGUGCGUGAGUGAGCAUUUUGAGAGGGUUAGAGAGAGAGAGAGAGACUUUGAAGUUCGGAAACUUGAGGAAGCAACAGCACAGUAAAUUCGGGAAACAUACUUCGAACUAGGGUCAGCUAAGCUCUAAAUACGAAGCUUAAAAGGCACAGAUCAGCCCCAACCUGUUCGCAAUUACUGCUUCAUAGAAGCUUAAAUUCAUAACAGGAAAAGCUCAGAUCGAAGAUAAGGUAGAGGUUAUGGAUAGAAAGGCUUGGCGAGAGUAGUCUGAGCAAAUUCACCGGCUUUGCUAUACUUUUGAAAGGCACUCAUAAAGCUUUAAACGGAGCCUCACUCUGACAUGAUCGGCCUGUGGACGAACGUGAUAUAUCGAAGAGUAAAAAAAGGCCUUUAGAUAUACAUAUAUGUAUAUAUAACUAGAAAAGCCAAAGUACUCUCUGCAUAAACGUCAUCAAUGCAAAGGACACCCACACAUACAGCCCCCCACCUGCACACAAUACUUUCUCUCUCCAAACCCUAAUUCAGAUUCCACAAAGCCCCUCUUUGUAGACUCUCUCACACUAAAAACUGGGUGGAUAAGUCAGGGAACUAUAUAAAAAAAAAAGGCUUCAUUUUUAAGUCCUGCUGAGUGUUGAGAGAGGUAUGAAGCGGUAUGGAGGUGGAUGAGAUUCAAACUCAGGGGUGUAAGUUUCCGAGGAUCGGUAACGGUAGAAUUGAUUCUCACAAGAUAGGGCGAAGGGGAGAAGAGCAACACCCAGAUGAUGAGGAAGAUGGAGAGGUUAAAAGAAGUGGGAGAAGUGGCGGUGGGAGUACUGAUAUGGGUGUCGGUCUUGGCCGGCUUUGUGGGUGGCCAUCUUCGAGGAUAGUUAGGGUUUCUCGGGCCUCCGGAGGGAAAGAUCGGCACAGCAAGGUAUUGACCUCGAAAGGGCUCCGGGACCGUCGAGUUCGCCUCUCCGUUCAGACGGCUAUACAGUUCUAUGAUCUUCAAGAUCGUCUUGGUUGCGAUCAACCCAGCAAGGCUGUUGAUUGGCUGCUAAAAGAGGCUGCUAGUUCCAUUGCUGAGCUUCCUUCAAUUAGCACUUCAUUUCCUGAUACACCGCAGCAGCUCAGCGAUGAAAAGAGGUCCAGUGCGGGCACCGAACAAGGGUUUGGGGAUUCCGCAGACGCGGAAUUGGACGGUGAUCCCAAUUAUCAGCAGCAACAGCAGCACAUUUCGUUGUCAAAAUCCACUGGUAGUAGCACUUCUGAGACCAGUAAGGGCUCCGGUUUAUCUCUUUCCCGGUCUGAGAGCCGGAUAAAAGCCCGAGAAAGGGCGAGGGAAAGGGCAGCCGGGAAGGAAAAGGAGAAAGACAAUGAGCCUUGUGUAGCUAAUCACCCAAAUGGGAACCCUAUCUCGCAAAGUUCUUUCACCGAACUUCUUACUGGUGGCAUAGGCAACUUUAAUAACAAUACCACCACACCCAAUGGAUCAUCUCAACAAAACCAUGGUGGUGGAGAGCCUAAUUUGUUUCACAAGUCAGCCCGGCAGUGGUCUCCUUCAACUCCGAUGGAUUACUUUUCUUCAGGACUUAUUGGUCCGUCCUCAUCCCGGACCCAGCAAUCAUCGUCUGGGUUUUUAGGACAAAUCAAUUUGGGAAAUUCCCUGCCACAAUCCAUGACGGUUUCGCCGUUCAAUGUUGCAGGAGACCACCAUUCCGAGCUGCAGCAAUUUUCUUUUGUCCCGGACCAUAUGGUAACUGCCGCCGGCGGGAGUGAUUACAACCUUAACUUCACAAUCUCUUCGGGCCUUGCUGGUUUCAAUAGGGGGACCCUUCAGUCCAAUUCAUCUUCUCUGUUGUCUCAUCUUCAGAGGUAUUCUCCCAUAGACGGAUCAAAUGUAUCUUUCUUCCACGGGACUGCAGCUCCAAAUGCUGCACCUGUGGAGAUCAAUCAUCAUCACCAUCAGUUCCCAGCUGGACUUGAUGGUCGCUUGCAGCUCUGCUACGGGGAUGGCGGCCGGAACUCCGACCAGAAGGGGAAGGGAAAGAACCGAGUUCCUUGAAGAGCUAGCUAGUUCCUCUUAGCACAUGUUUUUCUCCGGUUGUUGAAAAUCAAGAAUUAGGUGCAAGCCAAGUGAAAAGCAUGCGGAUUUUUCCUAUCUCGGGUGAUAUUUGAUCAUUGUGCUUCUGAAAUUGUUAUCUCUGCUUAAUUUAUGCAUUCUGAAGUCAUUCAGUUUGCAUCACGUAGUUGGGUAUAUUUAUGUUUUUGUUUGAGUGCAAGGUGUGUGUGUUUUGAUGAGAUCGUUCUGUUAUUGUUUGGAAUUGUCUAUAUUCAAGCAAUCCAGCUUUGUUUGAUUUCAUUAGAUAUAACAUGUUUGUUUCUUUA